CUUGAUCCGGUCUGUUUGCAUUCCACUGGCGUUCUUUUUGGGUUUUCUUGUAGGUUCCCAUAUGAAAGUUAAAAAGUGAAAAGCGGAGAGGAAGCAGUCUAAGAAACUCGUUAACGGGUCUCGCUAAAAUCGGACGAAUGAGCGAGACGGCAACAGAGAGACUGCAGAAUAUAUUAAUCAUUUUUAAUGAAAAAAAAACAAACGAGAGGGACUUGAACUGGGGCUUGAAGAGGCUUUUUUUUUUUUUCUCCUUCUUUAUCGCCCUAAAGAAGAACAGCAAGAUUCCCUUUUGUUCCUCCUCUUCUUCGUCCAAUCUCUAGAGCUCUCCGCGUUCCUCUAUUAAUCAGAAUAAUGAGUGUUGCACCCAAGAGGAAAACUGUGGCAGAAAAUGGGGAUAUAGGAAUUGAUAUAGGCCUGGUUACUGCGAUCACAAAUGGUGAGGAUUUGGGUCCCAUUGUUAGGCAUGCUUUUGAGUCUGGGAAACCCGAGGCUCUCUUGCACCAACUCAGAACCAUUGUCAAGAAGAAGGAAGUCGAGAUAGAGGAGCUGUGCAGGCUUCACUAUGAGGAAUUCAUUCUUGCUGUCGAUGAGCUGCGCGGUGUUUUGGUUGAUGCUGAUGAAUUGAAAAGCAUGCUAUACAGUGAGAAUUUUCAGCUUCAAGAAGUGGCAAGUGCACUUUUGGUGAAACUUGAUGAGCUCCUUGAACUCUACUCAAUCAAGAAAAAUGUUACAGAGGCCUUGCAGACAUUGAAGGUCUGCAUGCAGGUCUCAAAUCUAUGCCUGACAUGCAACCAGCACAUUACAGAAGGCCGGUUUUACCCUGCACUGAAGACUCUGGGCUUGAUUGAGAAGGGGACCUUGCAAAAUAUUCCAGUCAAGGCUUUUCGGAAGGUUAUUGAGAAGCAAAUACCUGCAAUAAAGCUACAUAUUGAGAAGAAAGUUUGUAGUGAGUUCAAUGAUUGGCUUGUGCAAAUUAGGAGCAUGGCAAAGGAGAUCGGGCAGUUGGCUAUAGGACAGGCUGCCUCAGCCCGUCAAAGAGAGGAGGAGAUGCGUGCUUGCCAAAGAGAAGCAGAAGAGCAGAGCCAUUCAGGAGGUGGUGAUUGUGUGUACACGUUAGAUGUUGAGCAUAUUGAUGAAGAUUCAGUGCUAGAAUUCGAUCUUACACCUGUGUAUCGAACACAUCACAUCCACACUUGCCUUGGUAUUGAGGAGAAGUUCCACGAUUACUACUAUAAGAACCGGCUGAUGCAGCUGAAUUUGGAUUUGCAGAUUUCAUCAACACAGCCCUUUCUUGAGUCCCAUCAACCUUUCUUGGCACAGAUUGCUGGAUUUUUCAUUGUAGAGGAUCGGGUUCUACGGACAGCUGGGGGAUUGUUGUCAGAGAGCCAGGUCGAGACAAUAUGGGAUACAGCUAUUUCCAAUAUGACAUCUGUUCUGGAGGAUCAAUUCUCUCGCAUGGAUGCUGCAAGUCACCUCCUACUUAUCAAAGAGUUUGUCACUCUGCUGGGUGCAACUCUUACACGGUAUGGAUAUAGAGUAACACCUUUGAUGGACGUUCUGGAUAACAGCAGAGACAAAUACCAUGAGCUUCUCCUCAAUGAAUGCCAGAAGCAAAUAGCUGACAUCCUUGCUCAUGACACUUUUGAACAGAUGGUGAUGAAGAAGGAAUAUGAGUACAAAAUGAAUGUCUUGUCAUUCCAUAUUCAGUCUUCAGAUAGAAUGCCAGUUUUCCCAUAUGUAGCAAGCUUCUCUUCAUCCGUUCCUGAUGCUUGUCGUAUUGUGCGCUCAUUCAUUGUGGAUUCAGUCAGCUACUUAUCAUAUGGAGGUCGCAUGAAGUUCUUUGAUGUUGUAAAAAAGUAUCUAGACAAGCUCUUGAUUGACGUGUUGAACAGUUCUUUGCUGAACAUUGUCCAUGGUGGUACGUUUGUUGAAUCGCAAGCAAUGCAAAUUGCAGCCAAUGUAGCUGUUCUUGAGCAUGCUUGCGAUUUUUUUCUCUUGCAUGCUGCCCAACUCUGUGGUGUCCCAGUACGUGUGGUUGAAAGGGCUCAUGCUGGUUUGACCGCUAAGACUGUUCUAAAGGUCUCACAGAAUGUUGCCUAUAAUGCACUGUCGAACUUGGUGAACUCCAAGUUGGAUGAGUUUAUGGCUCUCAUGAACAAUGUCAAUUGGACAGCUGAUGAUGCACCGCAACAUGCAAAUGAUUAUAUUAAUGAGGUCCUUAUCUACCUUGACAACAUAGUGUCUACCGCUCAGCAGAUCUUAUCUUUAGAGUCCGUGUACAAGAUUGGAGUCGGUGCACUAGGUCACAUCUCUGACUCUAUUGUGACAACUUUUCUUAGUGACAAUGUGAAAAGGUUCACUAUUAGUGCCGUGAUGAGCAUAGACAAUGAUAUGAAGAUGUUAGAAUCAUUUGCAGAUGAGAGGUUUGAAAGCACAGGCUUGAGCGAGUUGAAGAAAGAAACCAGUUUUAGAGAUUGUCUGGUAGAAGCUAGGCAAUUGGUCAACCUUCUACUAAGCAAUCAACCAGAGAAUUUCAUGAAUCCUGUAAUAAGGCAGAAAAACUAUGGUGCUCUGGACUACAAAAGGGUGGCCACUAUUUGUGAAAAAUUCAAGGAUUCACCAGAUAGACUAUUUGGGAGCCUCUCGAACCGCAAUGCAAAGCAAAAUGCUAGGAAGAAGUCAAUGGACAUGUUAAAAAAAAGACUGAAAGAUUUCAGCUGAAAUUGAUUAUGCUACUUAUUCACUGUAGCACCUUGACUAGUUUGCUUACUGGAUUCCAUGUAGCUCCAUAGGUGCUUUUUAUUUAUGCUAAGAUUUAUUUGAAGUGCAAAUCAUCAAUAGUUCAUUGCCUGUAAAGGAUAGAUGUCAACUAUCAGUGAUGGAGCUCAUAAUUUUAAGUUGCUGAGUCUCUAUGUUAAUAUGGUCAUUUGGCAUAUCCUUGGGCAUUCAUGUCUAUUUCAAGAACCAUGAUUUCUGAUCAAAUGGAAGUCCGUUUUGAUUUAGCUGCA